AUGUUCUGCCCAUCUACUGUGUUCCACGAUAUAGCUAACUCUUCGGAUUGGCCUCCUAGGGUCCAAGAGGUUGUUCAUCUGCUCACCCAACCUCUUCCCGAUUAUAUUUCUACUGGACCAUGGCCUUUCGUCUCCCCGCUCGCUUCUUAUCUCUUGAACGAGCUCGGUGAGAAUUCGCCGCGUCAACGAGAGUUACAGCACGAAGGACAGUCUGUCUCGCGCGUCAAUAAGGUAUUCGACCUAGUUCUGUCAACUGUGGCGGCUCUUCGUGAGCUCGAAUCUCUCGAAGACUGUGGCCGCGCUCGACCAACUGUUCCUCUGUGGUCUUUGUUCUUCAAAGUUAUCGGAAUAGCAUGCUCACCUGAGUGUUGCUACAUGGACGAAGUAUCGUUCAUUCUACCACGGUUAUCGCCACGAUCGAGCCAGGUCAUCCUGGAUGGAACUGCCACUCUCCUAAUCUCUCAUAUAGUGGAUGAAAGUCAAUUCGUCCACUCCUGCUCGUCCUCGGACGCCAUGGAUGUCGACGCGUCCUCGGAGCCAGAAGACGACCAGGAUGGUGCAGAUGCAUCAUCCUCUCACAACUCAGAGAGAACCUCUAUUGACGGCACUCACUCUACUGCAUACUCGGAGGGUGACUACACUGACGAUCAGGAUAGCACCGAUGAAACCUCCGAGCAACUCAGUGGACCCGCUAUCGACGUCCCCUUUGAUGCGCAUGUGCUGCGUGGGUCCGGUCGGCGGUUAUUCGCUGUUUUGCCUGUGAUCUGUGUGGCUGAUUCGGACAAUAUCGGAGCCCUGGUCACAAGUGUCGCAUACCAGCGACGUGUCUGGGAUAUCGAUGAACCCGUGGUCGGAUUCGAGGUCUCGAAGACUGGUGCUGUAGCCCGUAUCUUGUUGGGCUGGGUCGGCGCGGAAGCCGAUGGUAAUUACUUGCCAGCUGUACACAUCGCAUGUGCCACUACACAUUCGCACUCCGGGAUGACAGUUGGGAUUUUUAAUCUCACGGACCCACAAUCGGCGCUCGCUCUAGCGCAUUUUGUGCUCGGUCUAGAUGCGCAUUGUCGGAGGAUAGUGUCAAAAUCGAAGCAUCGACCGGUAAUCGAUGCGUUCCAUUGGAGAUCCGACUAUCUCGAGAAACGUGAGGAUUCCUGCAACAAUGGUGACUUGGGAACACGGAUAGCGAACUGGGCAAGUACGAUCGAUACACGCAGCGAUGGAGGCAACCCCGAGGCUGAACUUGACUUGUCGAUGUCCCCCGCGUCAGAUAUGAGCGACCUAUCGAUGAUCCUCGAGAGCCCGGGGAAACCUACCCAAGGGCGAGGUCGACCCACUACUCGAAGCGCUGGCUCUCAGACAGGAAGUGGCUCUAGAAAGUCACAUAGCCGCGUCAAGGAAGGAGCCGUUGCGACCAAGGGGAGGUCACGCACCCCAGCGACUGACAAGGCGUCGCAAAAGCAGGAAUCGAAAGCUCCGAAGAGCAGGAGUGAUUCCGUCGCACCGCGCAGCGAGAGGUCGAGUUCCGUGUUGGCCAAGAAGGUUAAAACUGCACUCGACGGGUUGGUGACGCCUGCCACUUGGCUGUUUGAGCGAAAGGCAUUUCCGAUUGCUCUGAUCAAGUUGCCUCACGAUGCUGAGGAUGCCGAUGAAAUCAACGAGAAGAUCGACACUUACAAGAAGAUCGUGGUUGAGUUUGCUUGGUGCAAUGUGGAGUGGUCAAGUAUAGAUGCAAUGCCGCAAGUAGAUGAGGCAGUACAACAAGUUUUGGAGCACUUGUUUCAAAACUACUCAGCCCUCAAGGAGAAACCGGUGGAAUUAGAUGAAGCAGACAUGCGUAUCCUAUCUAAUCGAUUCUCCACCAUCCUCUAUGCAUCAAUGGGUGCUUACACUCACCACGCAGCCUCGUCUGGCCUUCCUGUUAAUGAAGCAGAGGCAAGACAUGACUGGGACAGAAUGCUUUACCAGUUCUGUGUCCCUGAUUCCGAGCACACUGUUUCUCCCUACCUUCUGUUAGAACGAGAACUCAUAUUCCCUCGGAACAAGGCCAUAGAUUUCAUCCUUGACGACAACUCACCAGAGAAGCAGAAGAGCUUGGCUAAACAGCAGAAGAACUUUGCAGAGAGCUAUUAUGUUCAUUGCCUAGCGGUGCAAGGACACUCUCUCCGCUAUAGCACUGCUGUUCAGGUUCAGGCCGACGCAGCAUCCACCCAGGCUUUGCAUUUCUCUGUUCAAGUUAACUCACUUUCUGAAAAUCCUGGCGAGAUGGUUGACAUACUCAGGAAACAUGCUGCAUCGGAGCCACUCAGGGGCAUAUGCGACGCCAUUGUGGUCAGCGGCAUCAAAGAUGCAUUUGACGACAAGGACUCCCCAGCCACUCGGAAGUUUCUGAAUAAACAGGCACUUGUGCAGCAUACCCUGACGACGCGAAGCAAGAAGGACCAACCUGAGAAACUGGCAUCUCAAACUUCAUCCCAUCCACCGCCAACGCCUGCCGUUGAGGCUCACCCGAAGGCAUCCGGAUCGAAGACGACCUCCGCGCCGAAGACGACCUCCACGCCGAAGACGACCUCCGCGCGUUCUCGUGCACCGUCCGCGCAGUCUACCCUGCGGAAUCGUGUGGGAGAUCCAUUCGUAAAUUCUUGUAGUCCGUUGGUUUCGGGGAGCUCGAUCAAGCACGACAAUAUACCUCGCAGGGACCCGGAAGCAAUUACGAGAGACCAGUUGUUGCUUCCCGUGUUGGUUGCAGAGUACAAACGCUGGGAUGAGGAUCAGGCCAAGUCCCUUAACCAGGGACGGUUCUACUGCGUCGCUUCUGUGACAUUCCUUGCUGCGCUCGGCAUCGAGGGAUAUCCGGUCUUUGCUCUGGUCACGAACGGCAAGGUAGGCGCUGUCCUACUUUCGUGGCAGUCACCGGGGAUGAAGAAAAAGAUAUAUAUCAUAGAGCGAAACGUCUGCACGUUCGACCUCGGGGACCCUCUUCAGGCAUUCCACUUCGCGACAUUCCUAGUUCGCCUUCGUCAUCAGCAUGGGCAGCUGAAGGAACUCUUUGAGAAGGAGAAAGAAAUUUUCAGGGGAAAGGUGUCUGCGGAACAAUUUGAGGAGUGGAUGAUGACCGCACAGGAUGUGAUAUUGAAGGCUCAACAGGCUGCAGCUGAUGCGGCUGCUGCUUAG